AUCUCCGAGUCCGCCAUCUUUGGAGCUGCGCUGUGAUUGGUCGGUAGGCUAUGUCGUCACACGUCACCUGACGUGCUUCGUCGCUGUCUACAGAGAUCAGUUGUUGCUUUACCGCCAUCUUGUGGAUGGUAAUACAAUCAUUUAUGAAGACUAAAACCUGUAUUAAUAAAAUUAAAAUUAAAGGAAGUUCUUUUUCAACUAGGUCCCUCUUUGAUUGACUGUCGAUGCAGUAAGUAGAACGAUUACCUCUGCAUUGUGAAACACAUUACGACCGUGGGGCGUACCACGUGACCCGGCUGUCAAACAUGGCCGCCUCCUGCUGGCUGUGGGAGGAGCGACAGCUGACAAAGAAAGAAAUCCUGACAGUUUAAAGAAUUCACGUCACAACGCGGCAUCGUCCGCAUGACGGUAAACCAACACGCAAGAAACAUGACCCGCAUGAGGAACUGACAGAGGAAGAUCUUCGCCGUCUCACUAGGCAGCCGCCAUGGAAAUCAACCCAGUGCUGGUGGAGUCCGCUGUGGUGUCGGCGGUGGUGCUGUGCGUCCACGUGGCGGUGUGGAACCAGCACUCAUGGUGCGCCGUCGCUCUCUUCAUCCAGGCCUUCUAUGUCCAGCACAAAUGGGACCGCCUGCUCAAGUCCGGGGGCGCCGUGUUCCAGUUCCGUCCCGCGGCCAACAGUGGCAUUGUUCCGGCGUCCAUGGUAAUGCCCCUGCUUGGUCUGGUGCUGAGGGCAAAGUGCUCGGAAGCGGGGAGCGUCCACUUGGAGCGCUUCUCCAUGGUGGUGACGGUCAGCGGCAUGACGCUGGCGCUCUUCCUCUCGCUGAUCGCGCUGGGCAUCACCCGGCCCGUUCCCACCAACACUUGCAUCAUCGCCGGCUUGGCUGCCAGCGCCGUCUUCUACACUGCCAAGCAGACAUUGACUGUGUCUGAGGUUAUCGAGGUGCUGGAGGUGCUGCUGAUCUUCGUCUACCUCAGCCUGAUUGUGUUGUACCUGCUGCCACGCUGCUUCACACCCGGCGAGGCCCUGCUUGUGGUGGGCGCCAUCAGCUUCGUGGUCAACCAGCUCAUCAAGCGCUCGCUGAGUCUGCCGGAGGCAAAGGGUGACCCCGUCCAGUACCUCCUGCCCGUGCUGGUGGUGGGCUCGUUGCUGCUCGGCAUCUUCUUCGCUUUGCUCUUCUGUUUCAUGGAGUCCGAGACAUGGGUGUCGUCUCUUUUCUUCCACACGAUGACAGCCGUGCUGGGCCUGGGCGUCAUUAUGCCGUGGCUCUCGCUCUUCAUCGGACGCCAUCCUAUCACGUGGCUGUGGGACUUUGUCACGCUCAAUGACCGGCGACUUGGCUUGAUGGGGUACUGGGUCUUGCUGUGUGCCUUGGCUACGUGUGUGGUCCUGCACCAGAACCACCAGCGCCAAUCUGGGUCCAAGAAGCACCAGGCCUCCACGGUCGUCCGGAAGUACUUCCAUCUCAUCAUGGUGGCCACCUUUGUUCCGGGGCUUCUGUAUGACCGCCAGCUGCUGCACGUGGCGUCUGUGGGCUGCUUGGCCGUCUUCCUCUUCCUGGAGUACGUACGUUACUUUCGCAUCAAGCCACUGGGUCAGCCGCUGCGGCAGCUACUCACUUUGUUCCUGGACGAGCGUGAUUCCGGACCCCUCAUCCUGACCCACAUCUACCUGCUCCUCGGCAUGGCCCUCCCUGUAUGGCUCUUCCCGGGUGCCUGCACGCCAAAGGGGAUUCUUCCAGGCGCCGGCGGCCUGGUGCCCUACGCUGGCGUUCUCGCCGUUGGGGUGGGCGACACCGUGGCCUCGGUCUUCGGUAGCACCAUGGGGGAGAUCCGCUGGCCCGGCACCAAGAAGACGACGGAGGGGACGGCGACAUCCGUGUUUGCCCAGAUCAUCGCCGUGGCCAUUUUUCUCAUCUUUGACGGCGGUAUCAACUUAAACUCCACCUACUCGUGGAUUGUGGGCUCCAUCACACUGGUGGCCAUGCUGGAGGCGUACACCUCCCAGAUAGACAACCUCCUCCUGCCCCUCUACCUCCUCAUCCUGCUCAUGCUCUGACAGGAACAGCAACGGCCCCCUUUUAGAAUGUUUUAAUGGCAAAAGAAAAACAUUUGUGAUGUGAGGGAGGCAAAUUGACAAGCUUCAAUCAAAGUAUGAACUAUGGAAAUAUAUGUAAAUGAGCACAAAAUUGCCUCUGAAGAACAUUUAAGUUAUCCCUUCAUGUUUAUUUAUGAA